AUGAGCGGCAGCUCGAAUCAGUCCACUCGAACGAGUCCCGGCUCUUUCGGAACAACUCAGCGCACAGAGUCUGUAUCCUCUGGUUCGUCGCCGAAACAACAGCCACUUUCCAAGGCGCCCGCGACGACUCAGCAUGCGAUGUCGACCGACGUGUAUAGUCCAACUGUCUCUCAAGCGCCCACAUCUCUAGCACCCACCUUUACAUACCCAUUCUCCCCUCUCGGCUCCUCAGGCUUCGACAACGGAAUGCGCCUCGGUGAUGCCGAUCGCAACCUCCAGGGCCUCAACGGCCUGGGGCGCGCGAGCAAUGGUGGCGCGAUUUUUAUGCGCAAACUCCCCAGAAACACGAGCCGCGAAGCCCUUCGCAGUAUGCUCCUUUUCGCCAAGGACUUUGUGGAUGCCGAUUUCGUGACCUCCGACUACCCGGAAGAUGACGGGUUCCUGAGCGCGAUCGCGCGCUUCAACACUCUGCCCGCGGCUGAAGAGGCCCGUGCUCUUCUCGACGGCAAACCAAAUUCCAAGAACGACGCAAACAUGGUGGUUGAGAUGUACCCUGGUCCGGUCGGAUCCAACCUCUCGAAUGCGCGCCGCAACACGAUCGAUCACACCGCGACGCGUGGCCUGCUGGGCGGCGUUCCCAACGGCCACCUGUCACGUCAGUCAUCCCGCUUCAACGGUACUUUCCAGAGCUUGGAACGACUUUCUGCUGCCAAUCCAUCUGGACAAGCGAUUGGCGAAGGUUUGCCCUCGGCAUCCGAGUCGGGAUCGCGUCUGCAUAAUUUGUUUUCUCCUCAAUCCCCCAUUGGCAACGGAGUUGGUGAUCUGCCACGCGUCACUGGAAAGUCCAUGAUCGAUGAAGACCCCGACGAGGAAACUGGAGAGCUUCUCAAAGACCCCGUGGGAUACGCGGAGAAUGGUCACUCAGUCUCGGUCGGCCGUCGCUCCACCAACCCCCAGAUCCCGACUGGCCGCUUUGGUAGUCUGUCCCUCUCGACAGCCAUGUCCUCACCCCCUCUACCUAAUUAUGCAUCUGGAGUUUCCGGUCCCCGUAUGAGUGGAAGCGGCCCAUCGUCCGCCUAUCCUAGCAACCAUGGUCAAGGCCAAAGCUUCCCCUAUGGUAGCCAACAUACCCCCCGGCACAGCUUGCCAGCUGCCAACCCUAAUGAUCUCAACCCCCCUUGCAACACAUUAUAUGUGGGAAACCUUCCCCCCGACACUUCGGAAGAGGAGCUUAAGGCGCUUUUCUCCAAGCAGCGCGGGUAUAAGCGACUCUGUUUCCGGAACAAGCAAAAUGGUCCCAUGUGCUUCGUUGAGUUUGACGAAGUUGCGAUGGCAAGCAAGGCGCUGAACGAACUGUAUGGCUAUAAAUUGUCCAACAGUGUCAAGACUGGCAUCCGUCUCAGCUUCUCCAAGAACCCUCUGGGUGUGCGUUCUGGUCAACCUGGCAGUAUGAACCCUGCCAACCCGCUCUCUGGACCGGGUGGCGUUCCAGGUGGGAGCAAUCUCAGCGGUGUACCCAGUCACAUGUUCUCAUCAGUAACUGGUCCUCCUCCAGGUCUCGCGGCGCCUCCGGGUCUUGCCAUGCCCAUGCCUUUGCGCAACGGCAACAACGUCCACGCCCACGCCCACGCGCAGGGAAGCCCACACCCAAUGAUGAACAACUCUCAGUUCACUCAUAAUUCCGGUCUGGGGAUUCGAUCUAACGGAGGCAAUUCAAUGAUGAUGUCGCCGCCGCCUCCUGGGAGCGCUGCUGGCAACAACCCAGGGCCAAACAUGAAUGGCUUCAAUUCCUUCUACCCUGAUUAUAUGAUGGGCCGUUAA